CGACAGGAGAAUGCUAUGCGGCUCUGUGAGGAAUCAGUCACUUGCGAGCCUAUCUGUAUGGACGAAAGUUCACACUGGUGACCGAUCAUGAGCCAUUAUUAGCCUUGAAGAAAUCUAAAGAUUACUCAGGCAUGAUCGGGCGAUGGGCGAUUGUGCUGCAGAGCACGGACUUUGACAUUUGUCAUCGGAUGCACGAGAGGCACGAGAAUGCUGACGGGUUGACACGACUGCACCGACCCGAGAAGGUCUCCAAGAGCGAGGAGGUGAUUCUGUGGAACGAGCCGAAGGAUGAGAACGGACCGCGGUACGGGCAAGUGACGUGGACGUGGACCGACGAGCAUCAGGGGUGGAUUGAGUACCUGGAGUUGCUGAUUAUCCAGGCUUGGAGAACUGACUCGGAUGUAGAAGGCGAUCUUCUCGGUUUUCUCUUCAGAUCAGUACGGCCGGGCCAUCGCCAGCUAAUUGCCCAGGAACUCGUCGUCCCACUCGCGCAACUGGUCGACGACCUCUCUCUCGAUAUCGUUUCGCAAAGUGACGAGAGUCCGGCUCCGCAUGUCCUUACGCGGACAUUGGCACCGUAUCUUCAGUGGACUGCGUGCUUGGAGGAACCAGGGAGUGAAAACGCCCCGCCGUCGCAGCAGGAGUACCUGAAGCCGUACGGAAUCAUCAAUCUUGCCUUCUAUGCGAAACAAGAUACGUCCGAAGAGGCGGUUGAAGGAGAAGAAGAAGCCACCGAAGAAGAGGGCGACUCCGAAGAAGAAACGAUGGAGGAAGGGAGUUAUAGUGAGCACAACGAAGGGGAGCAGAGUGUAGAGGAGGAGGAGGAAGAAGACGACGAAGAGGAGGAAGACGGAUCGGAGUGGGAAGCCUUGCCGGAAGAAGAGGCGCGCACAGGCACAAAGGCGGAAGAUCCCGAGGCGGCACGUAAGAGGGAAGAGAUCGCCGCCGGGAAAAGGCAGUUGGAGUUUGCCAGCGGGGCGAACCUGCGCAUCAACGAUGACCCGACCCGGGAUCCGGAGCCCCCCAAGCCCGAAGAUGGCGACCCUUCGGCCACGACUCCGAGCGCAUCGCGACGGAGACGGAGCCGAUCCUCCUCCCCCUCCACCUCAACCCGUCCCCCAGUUCGUCCACGUACCAAUGUGGGGGAUCGACCGUCGUCCCCGGUCAUUAUCCCGCCAUCCCCUUGAUUACCUCCCCUCCGUCAGAUCUCUACCCCCGUCACCUUCACUCGUAACCCCUUCCCUCCCAAUACCUUCCAUCACUUCUACUCCACCCGCCUCGCCGUCACCGUCCAUCCCCAUCCUUCCCUUCAAUGCGCAACCCCCGUC